AUGGACUUGAGCGCCUGCGCGCGCUGGUUCUGCAGCAGACGCGCGGCGGGCGGCAGCGGGAAGGGGGCGGCCGACUGCCCGGUGGGCGGCGACUGCCCGGCGGCGGGCGCCGGCCCAGGGCCAAGUGCCGGCGGCUCCGGCGCUUGUGAUGACGUCGUGCCGCCUCCCAAGAACUGUUUCAGGUUAGUUGUGUUAGUCGACUUUUCUUCAUUGUUCAUUCGUCUGAUUUUCUUUUUGGUUUUCACAGGGUCAGCGAGGGUGGGAAAAACGUGCCUAGUUGCCAGGUUUCUUGGAGGUAAAUUCCAGGAAUGCUACACUCCCACUAUCGAGGAUUUCCACAGAAAAUUAUAUAGAAUCAGGGGGGAAAUUUAUCAACUGGAUAUCCUGGAUACGUCUGGAAACCAUCCGUUUCCAGCGAUGCGAAGACUCUCAUUUUUAACAGGAGACCUAUUCGUCAUAGUGUUCAGCAUGGACAGUAGAGAAACUUUCGAAGAAGCAAUAAGAUUAAGGGAACAAAUCAUAGAGACUAAGGUGAAUGCAGGGGCAGGAUCUUCAAGCACCGUUGGCCUGAGGAAGAAAUCUCUUCCGAGGGUGCCGAUGUUGUUAGCCGGAAAUAAAUGUGAUAAGGAAAUGAGGACUGUCACCGCGGAAGAGGCGCAGACCUACUGCGACACCCAAGACUCGAGCUGUGCCUUCGUCGAGACCUCGGCCAAGAAGAACUACAAGGUCGAAGAGGUGUUCUACCAGCUAUUCCUUGCCGCCGGUCUGCCCCUCGAGAUGGCGCCCAAUCACCACAAGCGCGUCAGCGCCCAUUUCGGCGCGCCCUGCCCCCUGCCACCGCCCACGCCCGCCCACAUGGCUAAAAAGUACCACUUGUCGGUGAAGAGGAGGUUGAGCGACGCUUGCGGGGUCGUUACGCCCAACGUGCGGCGGCCCAGCAUCCGCACGGAUCUGAUGAUCAUGAGGACUAAGACGUGCUCCUUGGGGGACUCUCCAGGAAACUCGAAUAAUUCCCCCAUCCGGUGGAGGCGAGUGGAGAAAGAGUGUGUUUUGCAGUGAACGCGUAAUCAUCUACACUUCGAGUGGCAUGUUUAAAAAAAAUCAUUGAUUUCUAUGUUUCGCUCCAUUCUCCUGGAACUUUGUGAUUUUUCGAUCGGAUUCUGAGAUUUAUGAAACGUCGAAAGCCCAUUUCGAGCUUUUGCUUUUCAUUCGGAGCCAGC